UAGACAAGUGACUUCCUGAAAGUGGAAUUUUCCUGAACUCAAAUUAUGAGGCGAAAUGGUUUUGCGAUACAGCUUCUGGCUUCAGGGCGAUACUUUACAACUGACUCCGGAGGUUUGACGCGACGGGAGUACUUUUUGGGUCGCUGCUGUUUGAAAUCGCGGGAUUAAAAAAAAGGUCGUCUUUCGUGGGACAGUAGCGUGAGGAAAUAUGCAGUCUCAUGGACCUUAACCACACAGCCCACUUCUGAGAAUGACAGAGGAAGAUCAUACGCGGUGCGUAGAAGCUCUCCGUUCAGGCAGUACAGUAUAACGCAGGAAUGAUUGGCUUUGGCUGUUUCUAAAGUACAAUGCAGUGAAAGUUGUUUUACGUGCCAGAGUGUGUGCGCUUGAACUGCUCUGGUUGCCAGGAAAAGCAAUGCAAAUCAUGAUAAAAGACAUUGUGAUAACAGAGCAUCCAGUGUCUGUGUGUGUCCCACAGAACUACCCUGUAACCCUGAGCUGUCGGGCAAUAGGGAAGGGUACCCUGCAGUACCAGUGGUUCCAGGCGGAAAAUGAAGAGGUCCCAGGGGCAGCUCAUCCCGACCUGGUCACGACUGCAAAAAAAACCCAAGUGUACAUCUGCAGGGUGAACGACCAGCACAGUAACUGUGUGUUCAGUGACUGGGUGAAAGUGAAAGUCCGGGACGUCCUGAGGCCAGGGAUUCCUGCUCCAUGGCUUGGAGAACCACAUAUUGUAGCCCACCCCACGUCGCUGUCUGUCAGACCCGGGGAGACAGCAGCACUGCAGUGCACUGCUUUCGGCAUCCCUGCCCCACACUAUCAGUGGUACAAGAAUGGUAACCUGAUGCAAGGGGAGACAGGAGAAACAUUACUAAUCAGGAAUGCAAAUAAGAACCAGGAAGGAACAUAUCUGUGCUCUGUCUCAAAUGUGCAUGAAGAAAAAUGGACGGAGCCAGCCGAUGUAAAUUUAGUGCUUCCUGAUAAGCCCACAGCAAAGAAAUUUUAUGCAACUGACAAAGUGGCUCUCCUGAUUGGCAAUCUGAAUUACUCCAACCACCCCAAUCUGAUCGCGCCCAUGAUUGACGUCCAUGAGCUGGCCAACCUCCUGCAGCAGCUGGGCUUCCGCGUGGUGUCCCUGCUGGACCUCACCAAGCAGGAGAUGUGUGCCGUGAUCGACGAGUUCCUGCAGCUUCUGGACAGGGGCGUCUACGCCUUGUUUUACUAUGCUGGCCAUGGUUAUGAGUGUCCGGGCAGAAACUACUUGGUUCCUAUAGACGCCCCCCAGCCCUACCGCCGGGAGAACUGCAUCAGCGUGCAGAGGAUCAUGCGGAGCAUGCAGGAGAAGCGCACUGCGCUGAAUGUGGUCCUGCUGGAUACCUGCAGAAAAUGGUAUAACCAGGGGUGUGUUCCAUCGGAGAUCAGGUCUUUGGCACCUCUAGGCAACACUGUAUAUGGAUAUGCCACGUGCGAGGACGCAGAGGCCUACGAAGUUCAGGACGGGGAGCGGAGCUCGGGCAUCUUCACCAAGUACCUCAACAAGCACAUAUUGUCGCCGGAGAAAGUUACUCGCGUCCUGGAACGGGUGCUGGAGGAUCUUGGGAGAGACCCCCUCAUUACUGGAAAGCAGGUGAUGGAGAUUAAACACACACUAAAGGACCCCCGAGCACUAACUGACCGAAUCUGCACUACUGGACAUACCAUGGAGCUGCAGCUGAGAAACCUGUACUGGAAACACACGAACGAGCUGCCGGAGAGGCGGGUGCUGGUGUUCCCCUGUGGCGCGGAGGUGGAGCUCAGCUUCUCGGCCCUGUUCUCCAACGUGAUGAUCGCGUUCGCCAGCCUGAAGCGGGCGGGGCGCGGCGCCGCGGACUGCAGCCUGAGCCUGCGCAGCGAGCCCGCAAUGGAGGAUGUGUUCUCAAAUAUGGAGGACAGGUCGGGUGGGAUGGAUUCUUUGCUGCUGAGUGGUGCUGAUAACCCAGACAGCAGUCUCAGACUGUGUGGCCUACAGAACCUCCAGAAAUCUUUAGUAAUCAGGUUGGAUUUGCACUAUACAGACAGUGACAGCAAGCUGCGGCGCGUGGAAACCAGGGAGGAGGACAUCGGCAAGCCUCUGGUGGCCAGGAGCGAGCUGCACAGGCGCGGGCAGGGCAGGGGCCCAGCGGCGCGGGAGUGCAGGGCGGCGGGCGCCUCCUUCCCGGCCGAGAACGCGCGGGACCCGGUCUCGAAGCGCCACACCGCGCAGGGCAACGAGCCGGAGGAGAACGACGAGAACGAGCCGCUGGACUGCGCCGCGUGA